AUGUCAACGUGUUUGAUUCCAAUUAUCAGCCUGCCAUUGUUGAUUUUUCUAAAAACCGAAAUUCAAAUAAAGGUAAGGGAAAAUUUCCGGAAGAAGAACAGUUAUGACCCACGACAUUCUCUUGUAACUAAACUCCAGUUUUUCAGUACAAAGAAGCCAAAAAACUCAUUAAAAUGUCUCAAACUAAAGAACCCCGUUUGAAUGAUAGCAAUAUGACAAGUUCUGGUAAGUCUCAAAUACAAGAUAGUGUAGAUUGGAAUAAACUUCCAGGAAUCUCAGGGUCUGGAUCAAUGUCACCACCAAUUUCAACACGUCCAUCAUCUGGUCAAGUUUCACCUUUGAUUUCAAAUGGUUCAUUAUCACCCCCACAAUAUGUUGAUGAUCAAGGAGGUGCUGAAUAUUCUGAAUCACCACGUGAUCUUUCGCCACUUUUACUUGCCGAAUUAGCAUGUUUGAAUAUGCGAGAAGUUGUUGCAAGACCAGGACUUGGAACUAUUGGAAGACAAAUUCCUGUCAAAGCCAAUUUUUUUGCUGUUGAUUUGAAGAAUCCAAAAAUGGUUGUUAUUCAAUAUCAUGUUGAAGUUCAUCAUCCAGGAUGUCGAAAAUUAGACAAGUAA